CUUCACUUUUUUUUCGAGUCCCUAAACAUCAUUAAACUUAUUUCAGUCCAAAAACCAUUGUUUGUAAUAGAUAUUAUUCUUGUCCCUUUGUUGAUUAUCCAGCCUUUUCCUUCCUGUUUUCAUAUCAUCCUUUCAACUUGUGUAACAUUCGUCUCGGUGCCAUAUUGUACGAAAAUGUUUCACUAAAUUAAAACACUUUAGUUGUCACUUACAAAUGUGCAGUUUCAUAUGAGUUAUUUGCAUAUAGUGUUGAAGAUUCUCCAGACCGGACUACCUUAUAUGUUUUGGUCGACUUGCUUAUACACUAUCACUAAUCAUCUGUUCAUUAACUAAUCUAGCUCACACCAAAUCUGUUUUCUUCAAACCAGACAUUUUGCAACCCUCAAGUGGGUCAGAGCUUCUAACGAAAAAUCAUAUCCAAUUAUGGUAGAACCACCUCUCCGUCGAAAACGUGCGUUAUCGUUUGCUGGAUACUCCGAGCACUGAAAGUAACACGACGAACAUUAGAAGGAUCAAAGUGAUGAUUUUGCUAAUAUUAGUAAAGUAUACAUAGAGAAUAUAGUUUAGGAAGAAUCAUUACUUUGUCCAAUGAACAAUAACUUCUCAGUCUGAUGUGACAUCUUAGUUUUGAAUCAUAUAACCUUCUGAACCAUCUCUAUACAAGCCCCAGUUGCAUGCUGCAGUAACCAGUGGCUUGGAUGUGUUAUACCUGUCUAGUCAUCCUAGUGAAUGUGGCUUCCAGAAUCUUUUCAAUCGAUUUACCACUUCUAUAUUGUACUACACAUCUUAUCCUAGCAGUGCUUACUCGGUAGUUCUGUUACAUGUGAAAAAUUUCCGACGAGAUUUUUCGUCAAAUGCUAGGGAUGUUUGGAUAUCUUUUAUCUUCAAGUGCCAUAAACUAAUACGGAGAAAAGUGCUUCACAGUAUGAUCUUUCUUUGAUAUGCAGAUGAACUUGUGUUCUGUUCCACAGCUCCCCAAAAUUUCCGGAAAUGUUCAUUUUGGACAGUUACCUACUGCCUUCCGAAUUCGCCAUCCAUCGUCCGUUUAUCCUGAUGGUGGUCCAGCUUUUGAUCAAGUUUUCGGGGGUUUUUCACAGAAGUUAAACAAUGAAGAGAUUGAAUUUUCAACGUCUAAUGACUUAUCAGAUAUCAAAGAUUUUGUAAUAAGAGGUUGUGAUUUACGCUCAAGAAAAUCCUCAGUCGCUACAGUUGUAGAUCAUCCACUACAUAGUUGUAUCUCGACUCCCGAAAUUUACCCUAAAGUACCAAGUUCCUGUUCUGGUUCAGUAGCCAAACUGGCUCAGCCACUUGAUUUAUCAUCCUUUAACUGUUCAGAUUAUAUUCUUCCUGAUAGUCUAUUAUCUUCGAAUCUUGUCAGACUCUACCUUGCCAAGGUUUCCACAUCAAAGCCUGUUGAAUAUACAUGCCCAAAUAAUUCCUCUCGAUCGAAAUCUCCACAGACUUCUAUACAGGAUGAUCAUCGCCUACCAGAAUGUUUACAAAUUCACCCACUCACUCUGGCUUCUAUGGUUAUGCCAGUAAACCAGAUAGUUCGAGCACAUGCUAACCAGAAUAAAUCUGAAAUGAAAAAAUCGGACGAACUUGUAAAUUCAUUGAAUGUUUAUUUGAAUGGUCGAAAUGCCGUAACAGAUGCAAGCUAUUCUAGUGAAUUCAGUGAUGGUGAAUCAUGGGGACGUCCACCUGUCUGUGAUCAUACUAACACUGGAUAUCUUUCAGAUAAUCACCUUAUAGAAGCUGUUUCUGAAGCAAAAAUGCUCAACAUGAGUAAACAACAACUAGAAAUGCGCUUAAGUAUCCGACCUGGUUCUAAGAUUAUCUCCUCUAGUCGCACACAAACAAAUUCAAGGGAGAAUUUGAAUCGUAAUUACUUAACACCGAAAUUUGAAAUCACUCACGUUUAUGAUGGCCUAAAAACAUCAUCUAAUACAUUUCCAAAUGCAAAUAAAUCUUUUUCUAAUUUUCUGCAUAAUUCUCAUUUAAAUUUAAACUUCACUGACGAUGAUUUCAGUGAUGUAAAGUCAUCUGUUUGUUAUUCUGUUCCUGGUUCACCCAAUAUUAAUUCAAAAUAUUCUCAUUUAACAAGACAGAGUAACUCGAGUGAAUUCAACGACGAUUUUCAUCAUAUAACUACUAAUCCAACCGCCGUCAAUAAUAAUAAUAAUAGAAAUAUUCGAACAAGGCGAUUUGAACGUUUACGUGAUUUUUUGGGCACUUUUAAAAAUGAUAAUCUCUCCAAUACAGAUGACGAUGAUCACUACUUUUACAUGGAUCCAAAAUCUGUAGAACGUAGAAUGAAAUGUCAAGCAUCAAAUAUAAUUUUACCAGUAUCUUUUUGAUUCACUUCUUUUAAUUUUGAAAAUUUUUUUUUGUCGUUAUUUCGUAUUUUCACUAAAUCAUCCGUCACUAUUAGAAUUUUUUCUUUAAUUGUAUUCGUAAUGUAUUAUUCACCGCCUUACUUUAGAGGAUAUAUAUAUAUAUAUAUAUAUAUAUGCUGAGUUAUUCAGUGUAUUAUUCUUUAGUUUGUAGAUAGAUAGCAAUGAUAAACAUCAGCUUCUUGUACUUAUUUGCUACUUCAAUUAAUAUUCUAUGUAUCAACUUAAUUAUUUUCUUAUCAUUUCUUUAAUCACCAUUGUAUUUAUUAUCAUUAUUUUAGAGCCCAUUUCAAUAUUGUUUUCCAUUUUAUUUUAUUUUGUUUUUGUUUUGCGUUCAUCAUUAAUAUUAGUAACUGGGAAGUUUAUAUUUUGAGUUGCUUCUUUUGGUUCUUAUUCUAAUCGUUAUUGCCAUUGUUUUAUUUUCGGUUGACGUUUUUGGACAUAUACCGUACACUUCAUUACACCACUGAUAUAUUUCAAAAUAUCAGUUUUAUUACU